UGUCAUGUGGCCAUGCGGCACAUGACAUUCUGCUGUGCCAAUCAGCGCCAUGGUGCGCCAGCGCGGCUUACACUGCGCUUUUGCCAGCAUUUGCAGGUGCGCUGGCAUCUCCACUCUGCUGGCUUGCAGAAGUUCUUCGCCAACAAGACCCACAAGAAAUACUGUGGCUGCGGCAAGCCUAGCGCCCUCCUGCUGGACCGCUGCUCCUUCUGCGGGGAGCAAUUGGGUGAUGAGCACAUCGCUCCGCUGAAGCGAGACCCGCUGCACCAAGCACUCCUAGCUUCAGGAGACUUCCAAGAGCUGCACCGCUCCUUCCACCUGCUGGUGUUGGAGCACCGCUUCCCUGUGGGCAAGCGACACCUGCUGGUUCUGCCUAAAGGUCUGGGCUCCUGGAAGCUGGCACAUUCUGAUUCGACCUUGGUGCAAUUGGUGUGGGCGCAUGCUGAGGGCUUUGGUACUUUGGCGCACGCAGGCACCUUCUACGACCUGCGCCAGCUCAGGAAGCGAGAUGCGCCCUUGCUGGAGAAGAUGUACCAGAAGGGGCUGGAAUGCCUGCAGCAGGCCGAGCCCAGCCCAGUAGCCUGUGGAUUUUCGUACCCUGCAGAUUACAAUCACCUCUACCUCCACUUGGUGGAGCCGCCCUUCAAGCGGCUUGAACUCUUCCAGCGCCAUGUCUUCUACCCUCUGCCUGAGGUGCAGAUGGAGUUGCGGAGGAAGGGCAUUGUUCGCCCACAUCCAAUAUUGGAUGAUGGCGAGGAGGCUCAAAACAAGUGGAUCAUGAGCAUGCAGAGCUGGGCGCAGAUGCAUCCAGCCGAAUGACGUACACUUCGAUGGGCAUCCAGCUUUCAAGCUCCAGGUCCUCUAGCUUUUGGCCGUGCGAGAUCUCAAGCACGCGCUCCGGAGUUGACACAGCACCCAGGCCACCGGGAAGGCUCAGGAUCGAGUUGAUGCGAGACGAGGUGAUGGCAGAGAUGGGCC